CCCAAACCCACCUUCUGGGCUGAGCCAGGUGCUGUGAUCCCGCAAGGGAGCCCCGUGACCAUCUGGUGUCAGGGGAUCCCAGGGGCUGAGGAGUACCAUCUGGAGAAAGAGGGAAGCCCAGCACCAGGGAAACUACAGAAGCCACUGGAGCCUGGGGACAAGGCCAAGUUCACCAUCUCACACAUGACAGAGCGUGAUGCAGGGAUAUAUCGCUGUUACUAUCGCAGCCCUGCUGGCUGGUCAGAGCGCAGUGACCCCCUGGAGGUGGUGGUGACAGGAGCCUACAGCAAACCCAGCCUCUCAGCCCUGCCCAGCCCUGUCGUGACCUCAGGAGGGAACGUGACCCUCCAGUGUGGCUCAAGGGAGAGAUUUGGCAGGUUCCUUCUGAUUAAGGAAGGAGAUCACAGGCUCUCCUGGACCCUGGACUCACAGCCACAGCCCAGUGGUCAGUCCCAGGCCUUGUUCUCUGUGGGCCCUGUGACUGCCAGCCACGGGUGGACAUUCAGAUGUUAUGGCUGUUCCAGAUACAGCCCCCAGAUAUGCUCACUAUUUAGUGACUCCCUGGAGCUCCUGGUCCCAGGUGAGUCUGAGAAGCCCUCCCUCCUGAGCCAGCAGGGCCCCAUCGUGGCCUCUGGACAGAGCCUGACCCUCCAGUGUCGCUCUGAUGUCGGCUAUGACAGAUUCGCUCUGCACAAGGAGGGGGGACGGGACCUCACCCAGAACCAUGUCCUGAAGCCUCAGGCUCGGCUCACUCAGGCCCACUUCCCCCUGGACACUGUGCGCAGCUCCCACGGAGGCCGGUACAGAUGCUACGGUGGAUACAAGCUCUCCUCUGAGUGGUCGGCCCCCAGUGACCCCCCG